AUGAUGCAAGUAAAAACUUUGAUGAGAAGCAACAAGGGAGAGGAAGAAGGAGAAGAACAUGAGGUGGUGUCACUUCCGGGGUUCCGUUUUCACCCGACCGAUGAAGAACUCGUAGGGUUUUAUCUUAGAAGGAAAGUCGAGAAGAAGCCGAUGAGCAUUGACCUCAUCGAGCAGGUUGAUAUCUACAAAUAUGAUCCUUGGGAUCUUCCAAAAUCCACAAAUUUAGGUGAGAAAGACAAAGAGUGGUACUUCUUCUGCAAAAGGGGAAGAAAAUACAAGAACAGUGUGAGGCCAAAUAGGGUAACGGGCUCGGGCUUCUGGAAGGCGACUGGCAUCGACAGGCCCAUACAUUCGGGCCGCCACUGCAUAGGCCUCAAGAAGUCCCUCGUCUACUACCGUGGCAGCGCCGGAAAAGGCACCAAGACCGAGUGGAUGAUGCACGAGUUUCGGCUGCCGGCCAAGCACGUGGGCCCCACGGCCACUAAUCCUCAAGAAGCUGAAGUUUGGACCUUGUGCCGGAUAAUAAAGCGCAACGCGCCCUAUAGAAAGUAUGUGUCCGAUUUGAGGCUUGCUGUGAAGAAAAUUAACAAAACAAAUAAUCAAGUAUUAGUCGACGCAAGUUCAGAAACGUGCAACAUGGAGUCGAGUGACCUAAACGGAAAAGGCAGCUAUAUUAGCUUCAGUGCACCACCAUUAACAACUGUUGAGCAAAAUACGGAUCACCAUAAGAAAAUCAUUUAUUCCGGCCAUAUUGUUGAUGAUACAGCUGAUCAAAAUAUUCAAAAUGAAUACUCGGGCCAAUGUUUAAGCUCGGUAUAUCAAGCUCCACCGGCAGCUUCAUCCUUUUCAAACUGUGAUAUUUAUAGUGAGAUUGAUGAGAUGCUAAGUCAUGCAGACUGGGAGGAUCUUGAGUACGUGGUCAACUGUCCUGGAUAUGGUGUUGCUAAUUCAAUAUGA